AUGUUUUGUGCAGUGAGGGGUGCAGUGGCGUCAUCAGCCUGUAGGUGGCGAUAGCUGCUCGUGGCAGAUGUGCGCGUGUCAUUCAUGGCUCGCGUCACUUCCACCAAAAACAAAUGUCGCGAGGCAGGUGACUGGGGGACUGAAACUUUCUCAGGUCAAAUUAAGCACGCUGGUAGUUUUAGCAUGAACACCACUCUGAAGCACUGGAAGGAGGCGGCCACUCUGAUUGUAGCCGCGGGUCACAGGCUCGGUGCGGACGCUCUGUCUUCCAGGACACCGCUGACAGCCGCUGCAGGUUCCCCGCUGGGCAGCAGCUAUGGGCGGUCACAGCUGCCGCACAAGUCCCGCUUUGAUUACGACGUGUUACUGCUUAAACGAAGCAGUAAAAGCGGAUUCAUGCCCAAUGCGUAUGUGUUUCCCGGCGGCAUGGUGGACUCCUCGGACUUUUCGAGUGAAUGGUUGGACAUUUUUAAAUCUUUCAGCAAAUCACCCAAUUUUGGUUUGAGAAGCGUCAAACAGCCUCCGGAGACUAGACCUCCGAUGUUCGCCACAGACCGGCUAAAACUGGGCUCUCCUAUCUCAGGGGAGGUGGCCUUCCGGAUCUGCGCAUUGAGGGAGACCUUUGAGGAGUCAGGUGUGCUCCUGGUCGUGUCUAAAUCGGAGGAGAAAAGUUUGUUAAAAAGCACAGAGGGCAGAUGCGCCACUGAUCAUGUGCUGCACAAGAAAGCAAACGAGCUGUGCAGCAGUGAGCUCACCAAGUGGAGGACUCUGGUAAACCAGAAUCCGUCCAACUUCAUCAGGAUGUGCAGAGAGCUGGAAGUGUUGCCCAACAUUUGGGCUUUGCACGAGUGGAGCAACUGGCUGACUCCCGAAGGCAGAUAUGGUGUGUCGAGGUUUGACACAGCUUUCUUCAUCUGCUGCCUGCAGGACACCCCGCACACGCUUCAGGAUGAGAGGGAAAUAGUGCGCUUUCAGUGGUCUACACCCUCAGAGGUCCUGCAGAGCUACCAGGCACGGGAGUUGUGGAUCGCCCCUCCACAGUUUUAUGAGCUCAGUCGUAUGUGCCGCUUCCCUUUGCUGAAUGACCUCCACAACUUCGCCAGCCGACGUGCCACAGAGGGCUGCGAACACUGGCUGCCCGUUCUCAUGAAGGAACGAUUCCUGUCACUGCUGCCAGGUGACAAACUUUACCCGUUGGACAGCUCAGGAGAGGCUAAGGAGCACAUGAGCACAGACCCUCACCUGGAGGAUACUCAGGAUUCUGGACUGCACCGCAUGGUGUUCUCAGAUUCACACAGUUUAACUCUACAAGUCAACAUCACACCCAAGUACAAUCAUCUGGUCCCUGUUGGAGAACAAGCCCUCCCACAUGACUCAAACAGUCAGACUUGACUUGCCGUACCUGUUGUACCAGCCCCACAAAAGAUAAGUCUUUUUCACAAGAAGCAUUUUGACUUGACAUAGAAGGGUGAGCAGUUUCUACUGGUGACAUCAACAGUGGCCAUGUUCUCACUGUAAAGGGAUGUUUAGUCAUCCAGGAAAAUGAGGUCAAGCUGGGUUAACCACUAGUCAGUCCCUUGUGUUAGCAGUCAGUCAGUUACAAGUCAUAUCACCAUAAGCACUGUGCCAAAUUGUUAUAAUUCCACUGCUUGCUGAUUGAUCAGCAACUGAAGAAUGAAAUCCGUUAGAGAGCAGCUAACGUGGUGAAAGAUUGUAAAUGAAUUCUGAAAUAUCAACGCACACAUUUAUUAAAGUGUGGAAGUGAAAUGCUCACGGUGUAAUCAAGCUUGUAAUGUUAACUGUCUUGCUGUCUCCUUACCCAAUGUGUAGAAAAUGCUCAGUGGAACACACAUUUCUGUGUCGUGUUCCUACAAAUUACAUCCAACACAAAAGUGUGUACUUCGCACUAACACUCGGUAUUUGUGGCAUGAAGGGGAGUAUGAAAUCUGCAUUUCAUAUACUUAAAUAUGCAUUUCACAUGCUAAAUUAGCCCAAGAUGUGCGUUGAUUUAUCAGAAUGAAUCUACAGCUUUCUUAUCGUAUCGUAUUGUGUAACACUAUCAAACAGUAGCUAGAAAGUCAUUAUGCUGAUGUUAGCUGUCGUCUAACGGUACCUAAUCGGUCAUCAAAGUUGUUGGUUUCAAAAUUGGGAAAUGGUGAAAUGUUAAUGAUUUGUCAAAUUCCCUAUUUUUAUAUGAAUUACAACCUGGACACAGCAAUAAAAAAAUGUUGAAGGGUGUGUGUAUUUUCCCCCUUAAGCAUUUUUUCUCUCAGCACUUACAAACUCAGUUAACAAACUCAGCUCGUGUGCUAACGGGACAAGUUCACACAGUUAAAAAGAAAAAUAUUAAUAGAUAUUUGUACAUAUUUGUUGACUCAAACAGUUCAAUCCAUUGUUAAUUUGUGGGGCAGUUUUUAGUUCAACAGAGAAGGUUAAAUGAGGUUUGUUUUCUUACUGUAACAUGUAAAACAAUGUCUUCUGUGAAAAAGGCUUAUUGGGCUCUUGUCAAUGACAAGCGUAUAUUUGUUUUCUGUGGGAAAAAAUGUUAACCUAUUUGUAUUAAUGACUGUUUGUGAAGGUAAAAUUUGAUUUUGUGUUAAUUGUUCAAUGUCACAAAAUUAUAAUAAAUACUAAAUAGUUUUCUA